AUGGCGGGACCUGGCAGCCGCAUGUCGGUCUACUCGAACCAUUCGAGCGCCCCUCGCCCAGCCCAACCAUCCGCACAACUUUCUACUACAACCCUGCUCAAUGCACUACAUUCUGUCUGGACCAACGGCCAGCCAUACCCACUUGAAUCUAGCACCAGUCUUGUCGUCAACACAUGGGUCACCAGUAUGCUUGUCGGUCCUGAUGGCCGAACAGGAGGUACCGUAGAUGCCGAACUGGGUAGACGUGCAUGGGAGCACGCCAGAAGAAGAGCUGAGGAUGGCUGCGUUGUCCUGGGCUCCCUCCAUGAGUCUACACCUUCGCUUCUCGUCCCUUUCCUCUCUUCGCUACCCAUUGCAGUGCCCACAACUCUGUUUACUGCUUUGAACGCCAUUCGCCCCUUCCUGUACUCUGUCACACCACGCAACCCUUCAACGGCACAGCAUAAUGGUCUGGCGGCCGUGCUCAACCUCAACCUCGAGGGCGAGCUGACAGGCGCUUCGCUCAGCCUUUCUUCCUCUGGUAUCAACGUUGCCAAAGGUCUGACUGAUGUGCCCGCCGAGAUUGGUUACCGCGCCUUCGAUGUUUUCUAUUACCUGCUCGCGAGCGCCUCGGCAAAUGAGAGAGAUUUCUUGAAUCUGCAGGAACCCAAAGCCUAUGCUUUACUGAAAAAGACCGACACUUAUACUCCACCGCUAUAUCUUCCUACAGCUGAUGAUGCCGCUGCCGCGGACGACUUCCGCGCUUCGUUGAAAGAGAUUGGUAUCAAGGGAGCUGCUCUCAGAAACAUGCUCUCUGUCAUUGCUGCCAUCCUCAAACUUGGCGAGACCAUGGGUUUCUUGGUCGAUGAGGAUGUACUGGAGAAUGUUUGUGAAGAGGUGGCUGAUUUGCUCGAUCUGGACACUGCCGUGUUGACCAAGAAGUGCGAUACUAUGGAGCGUCAGACUCUGAUGGCCGCUAUUUACGAGGCCUUGGUCGACUGGGUCAUUGCUCGCGCCAACGAAGCCAUUCGUAUGGAGCUUCGCAACGGUGGUCUUGCCCACUCUUCCAACGGAAGCGACACAGAGAACUCUGGAGGCAUUUUGACACCGCCUCCAGGUGACGAGGGUGCAGAUACUGUUAACUUGACAAUUCUCGAUCUGCCUAGUGUCACUUUGGGCAAGGCGAUGGCUCUGCGCACUGUUUUCGACGACUCAACAGGCAUCAAUCUCGAAAUGAAAGAAGACGGAGUGCCGUCUUAUCACGUCGGUUCUUCGAUCAUCAGAGAGAUGACUGACGCUGUCAAUGACAAUGCUGCAGAGCUCGAGCUUCCCGACUCCGUGGCUGCAAGGGAGCGUGAAGAAGUACUUGAUCGUCGCGAGACACUUCUUGAGAAAGUGGGUGUCGAGACUGAAGCGGACAGCUUCCUAAGACGUCUUCUUUACCCGGUGGAUGGCGAGGGCGUUCAGCUUGGCAAAUAUGGUCGCUUCAGUCUCAUGAACCUCUUGGGAAGCAGUCGUGUCUGGUUCCAGCUUGCCCUUCAUCCCACAGACGAGUCACCAGCAUCCUUGGCAAAUCACUCGCCAAACAGUUUCCCAUGGUCCGCAGGAUCUGUAUCCAGCCAGAUCCGUUCCUGGAGACUUCCUGAGUGGGCCAACCAUCGCAACAAGAAACUCGACUACACUGCUGAUUUCGAUCUCAACGAGUUUCAAGAGCGCUAUGCACGCCUGGGCUGUCAGCUUGGUCGUGAUGGCGUCGAGAGUUGGGUCAUGGAACGUGGCUGGAGUAAUGGAGAAGUCGUCAUCGGCCACGAGAGAAUCUGGAUUCGCGAGGCUCCUUGGUGGGAAGCCGAGAGUAUGCUCGACCUGAAGCCUAUGGAUCCAACAAUGGACGACGCCGCAGGACCUUUCGGUGGCCAAUACCAGGUGUCUACCCCAAUGGUUGACGACGGUUUCUACCAACAGCCCUACCACGAUAACCCUAGCAAUCCCUUCCUCAGCCGUAACCAGAGCUUCGCCAGUAGAAGUCAACUUGGAGCAAAGUCCAUUGCACCCUCAAAAGCACCGACCCAGCAAGGCCGACCCGGAGACUACGGUCUGGGUACCAAAGGUGACAACAAGUAUGGUGACGUGACCUAUUACGGAGAGGUCGAAGAUGGCGAUGCGAAGGUCAUCACCGAGGUGCCCAUCACAUUCACUCGAAAAGCCUGGGUCUGGGCCACAUGGGCCUUGACUUUCUAUAUUCCUUCGCCCGCUCUGCGCUAUAUUGGUCGUAUGAAGAGACCCGAUGUUCGUCAGGCAUGGAGGGAAAAGGUCGCUCUCAUGAUCAUCAUCUUUAUCAUCAACGCUACUGUGGUUUUCUGGAUCGUCGGAUUUGGCCGUUUGCUAUGCCCCAACAUGAACAAAGCCUGGAACGCUAAGGAGGUCAGCUACCACGCAGCAUCUAACGACUACUAUGUCAGUUUCCGCGGACAUGUGUACGACCUUACCAAGUUCCACAAGACUCAACACAGCGAUGGUGUCAUAAAAACAACCAUCACCAACAUGGAACCAUUCGGCGGCACCGAUGUCAGUGAAUAUAUCGUUCCCCCUCUCUCUAUUGCUUGUCCCGGUCUGGUAGGCACGAGCACUACUAUCUCAUUGACGUCAAACACAACUUUGGAAUAUCCUCAGGCAACGCAUAGCUCGGGUCCUACAGCUGCUCCAGACAAGAACUCUAAGCUUAACAACAUUAACUGGUACGGCCAGACAUUUUUGCCCAAGAUGAAAGAGUUCUACAAGGGCGACUUGGUAGUCAAGAAGAGCAAGAUCAAGAGCGAAGGGCAGAACGAGAAUCAUUACUGGUUCACUUUGGGCAACAAGCUCUACGACAUGACCGAUUAUUUCCACACUCUAGAUCUGAUGAACAAUCUGGCCACCUAUGAAUUCUUCCCGGCCGAGUUCACAUCAAUUGUUCAGAGCAAUCCUGGUCUAGACAUCAAAUCAGAGUUUGACCAGACGAUCACCAACCCGACCAAUCAUUCCGCUAUCACACAGUGUCUGGACAAUAUGUUCUAUGCCGGCAAAGUCGAUUUUAGAGAUACUCCUCGUUGCCAGGUGAACAACUACAUUCUGCUGGCAUUCACCAUCAUUCUUUGUACUGUUAUCGUGGUCAAGUUCCUGGCUGCUCUGCAAUUCGGCUCCAAGCCUCGUCCUGCCCCACAAGACAAAUUCGUCAUCUGUCAAGUCCCUGCCUACACCGAGGGUGAAGACCAUCUUAGAAAGGGUCUCGACUCGCUCACAUCGCUAGCAUACGACAACAAGAGAAAGCUGAUUUGUGUCAUCUGUGAUGGCAUGAUUGUUGGUGGUGGUAAUGACCGCCCAACGCCUAAGAUUGUUCUGGAUAUUCUCGGUGUCGAUCCCAAGAUUGAUCCUCCUGCCCUUCCAUUCAAGUCUAUUGGUGCCGGUGCGGAACAAUUGAACUACGGAAAGGUUUAUUCUGGUCUCUACGAGUUCGAAGGCAACGUGGUUCCCUACAUUGUCGUUGUCAAAUGCGGCAAAGAGUCCGAACAAGUCAAGGCCAAACCUGGUAACCGUGGUAAGCGUGAUUCGCAGAUUUUGCUCAUGAGCUUCCUCAACAGAGUUCACCACCGCUCUCCCAUGUCACCACUUGAGUUGGAGAUGUUCCAUCAAAUCAACAAUGUCAUUGGUGUGGACCCUGAGCUCUACGAGUACCUUCUUAUGGUCGAUGCCGAUACUCUGGUCAAGGAAGAUUCUCUUACUCGUCUCGUUGCUGCUUGCACAAACGACUCUAAGAUCGCCGCCGUCUGUGGUGAAACCAGUCUUGAAAACGAAGAACAGUCUUGGACCACUAUGAUUCAGGUUUACGAAUACUACAUUUCCCAUCACUUGGCGAAGGCUUUCGAGAGUUUGUUCGGUAGUGUCACCUGUCUUCCCGGAUGUUUCACAAUGUACCGUCUUCGCACAGCAGACAAAGGAAAGCCUCUCAUUAUCUCUGAUGCAAUCAUCACAGAGUACAGUGAUUGCAACGUUGAUACUCUGCACAAGAAGAACUUGUUGUCGCUCGGUGAAGAUCGUUGGUUGACAACCCUGAUGACCAAGAACUUCCCUCAUAUGUCCUUCAAGUUUAUUCCUGAGGCUUUUGCUCAAACCGCCGCCCCUGAGACAUGGAGCAUUCUUCUUUCGCAAAGACGUCGCUGGAUCAACUCAACUAUCCACAACUUGGCUGAACUUAUGCUCAUCAAGGACAUGUGUGGUUUCUGUUGUUUCUCCAUGCGCUUUGUCGUGUUCAUCGAUCUAUUCGGUACUGUCAUCCUUCCGGCUACUGUCGUCUACCUUGUCUACCUCAUCGUUAACGCAGCGACUGGUGGACAAUUCCCUCUGAUUUCAAUCAUCAUGUUGGCUGGUGUGUAUGGUCUGCAAGCCAUCAUCUUCAUUGUCAAGAGACAGUGGCAGCAUAUCGGUUGGAUGAUCUGCUACUUGAUGGCUUAUCCUCUUUACUCAUUCGUUUUGCCGGUCUACUCUUUCUGGAAGCAGGACGACUUCUCAUGGGGUAACACUCGUGUUGUCAUUGGAGAGACUGGUGCCAAGCAGGUCAUCGCCGUGGACGCCGAAGAGUUCGACCCUCGCAGCAUUCCUCUGCAACGCUGGGAUGACUAUGCUUACCAAAACAACCUUCCUGGGCGUCGUGGUAUGGUUGUCCAGGAGAAGGACAUGGGCUUCUCCCCAUUCCAAGACAAUGGAGCAUACGAGAUGGAUGAGAUUCACUCUGUCUACUCAUCUGUCCACCCUGCCUCUACCAUUCUCACUGGCUUCCCCAACAACAACAUGCCCUACCGCCCUCCUACCCAAUCACCUGGCCCAUACAAUGCAUACAACCGCUUGUCUAGCUACUCGCGCUUGACCGACAUCGCGCCUGGCGCCAACGAGAACACACGUCUCAUGUCUAUGGGCAACAUGAGCGAUGCCUCACCUGGCUUGCCCCGCAACCACAGCGGCCAAUACCUGUCUUCCCAGCCUGACCUUCUUUCACCCAAGCUUUCGCCACCUCCCUCCGCUGGCUACCCACCUCGCUCUCGCAGCCCACUCUCUCAGACUGCAUCUCGUCCUCCAAGCACAUUCGGUCUUCCCGGCUUCCAAACCCAGGGAGUCACUGAUGGCCAAAUUAUCGAUGCCGUCAGAGAUUGCUUGAGAGAAGUUGAUCUAGAUAAUGUGACCAAGAAGCAGUUGAAGGUGCUUACAGAGCAAAGACUGCAAGUGCAGCUGAACCCUGAGAAGAGAGCCUUCUUAGACCAGCAGAUUGAUUUCGAGCUGGCGAAUAUGUAA